AUGCCGAGAAAGUACCUGCACCAUGAAAGUGAUAAUAGUGAUUCAUCACUCACAUACUUCCAUAAUACGCCUCCAAUGACCGCUUUCCAAAUUGGGAUAGUCAUGACUGAAUAUCAACCCAUUAUAGUUAAUGAAAACGUUACUUUGUGGGAAGCCAAUCUUGUUCAUAAUGAAUUGGAUACAGUUAUGUGUAAAAUGGAAAUUGCACGUUUAAUAGCACCUAAAAUAGCAUAUCAAUGGUUUAGUAACUUACUCAGUUCAAAUUGGUGGUCUAAUUUUUGGUUACACGACGCACUUGCUACUAAGUUCGGAGAAGAAGCUGUUGCUAAGAGCUUCAAUAAUUCUGAAAUUUUGGAUCUCUUCAUAAUUCAGAAUCAAUACGAAUCUCUUCAUCUGGAUUCUAGUUUUAAUAUGAAUCCUGUAGAAAUCACUAGCCUAUCGGACAUUAAUACAAUUUUUAGUUUUCCUCGUAACAUGAAAGUAAUAAUUGUUUUACGGAUGUUCCAAAGUGCUAUUACCGAUGAAGCGUUUCGAAAUAAUAUCCAGAUAUAUGUAAACAGACAGUCGUUCAGUUCAAAUUUCAUGUCUUAUAAUUUUUGGUCCACGAAAGAAGGAUUAGAUGUAGCAUACGACUGUAAUUUACCAUCGUAUAUGUUCUUAACUUGGAUACAGUACAAACAUUAUCCUGUUGUAAUCAUAGAACAAAACAGACAUUCCGAAGUUGUAAAAAUAAUAUCGCAAAAUUAUAACACAACGAGUUCCGGGGAGUGGCUGAUACCCAUAAAUUUAAGGGACAUAACAUUAGGUUGUGUAGAUUUGCAGACAUGUUUAAAACCAAAUCUUAGUUCUCUCCGGUAUAAUACAACUACUCCUGCAAAUGAAGUUUGGAUGGUGAACUUUCAACAAGCUGGAUACUAUCGAGCCAAAUAUGAUUCAAUAACCUUGGGCAACAUUGCAAAAUAUUUAAAUGACACAGCUGGAGAUUAUAAUUCUAUAAGUGUCAUUAAUCGUGCUAAAAUAAUUGAUGAUGCAUUUCAUUUGAUGAUGAAUCAUCAGCUCGAUGUAUCUGCAUUUUGGAAUCUCACGAAAUUCUUAUCGCAAGAGACAAAUUUUCUUGUGUGGUAUCCAAUGAUUAAAGUGUUUGAAUAUAUGUCGAUUACAAUUCCACUUUCCAAAGAAGAAGUUAAGUUCACCGAUAUUAUGGAUAAAUUUAGAAAAUUGUUGGAAAAGCCACUAAAGACACUAGGAUAUGAAGAAGAUCUGAUGGAAAAUAACUUCACGACAUGUUUAAGACAAGAAAUUGUGAAAUGGGCAUGUACUCUCCAAGACGACGAGUGCGAACAAUCAGCCCUUCGUAAAUUACAGCAACAUCUCGGAAAUCCUGAAAUAAACCCGUAA